UCUUCUUCUUCUUCGACUUAACACCGCCACUAGGACCCAGCGACUGUCUUUGAAUCGGCGAAGCAGCAGCGCUCCAAGCCAAUACCGAGAUUCUGGCUAGCGACGUUGUAACCUAGGGCAGCGUCGGCGGCGAGUUGACCCAGGAACGAACUGCCUAACCAUUCUCUGCUCUGGCGACGACCCGAUCACGCAUUGCAGCGCAGACUCUGGUCUCCUCCUCCGAUCGGGAUGUAGCAGUGACUAGCACGCGGGAUGGCGAUUGGCGAAGGGGGGUUGUCUUCCAGCGGCGUAGCCAACGACUCUGGUGAGCUUAGGGACAGAAACAAAGACAAUUCCGGCAGAGCUGCUCUCUGUUCCAGCGAACGACCCCAGCAACUCCGGCAAACUCCCUCCGUGUUCCAGCCAUUCCGGGCAGUGGUGGUAGUCUGGGUAGUCGUAUCGGUUCGGGCAAUGGGACAAAUCUAUCCCAACGAUGGAAUUCGAACGACAUUCUUUCUAGUUGAAUCGACGAAUCAAGGUAAUCAUGGAGGGGCCUGACCUUGAAAUCCAUCCGUGAGGGUAGCAUGACGGAGGAGAUGUACAGAUGCAGGGAUAUAAUAAUGUUUGAUUAAAUUAUAAAGCUUCCG